CCGGCAAAGGACAUCUCCCUCGUAUUCCCCUCUUCUCUUCCUCUUCUUCUCGCGACCUUUCCACCACUUUACCACCGGCACUAGCCACCAAACUCCUGCCCCCGCCCCCACGCGACGCCACUGCCGCGAUAAAAAAAAAUCUCCUCGGAUUCCCGCCCCGCCGCGCCGGACCACCUUCGCCGGCGAGCCUCCCCUCCGCGGCCGACGUUGUUCCUGCCUGAGUCGAGGGGUUCCGAAGGGCCCGCCGCGCGCCGUACCGGAGGAGGAGGAGGAGACGAUCCAGCGCUGAGCGUCGUCCAUGUCGGGCCACCUCGAUCGCCUCGCGCGCCCAUGUUUUGAAGGAUGUUCAAGUCAUGAUGAGAGGAGAGACCAUAAGUCAGACAUGGAAGUGUCUGAAGAUGAAAAGAAGACAAGAAUGGGCUCUUUGAAGAAGAAAGCUAUAGAUGCAUCGAGUAAGCUUAGGCAUUCCUUAAAGAAGAAGAACAGGAGGAAAAGUGGCAGUCGGGUUCUCUCUGUGUCUAUUGAAGAUUUCCGUGAUCUAGAGGAGCUGCAAGCAGUAGAAGCAUUUCGACAGGCGCUAAUUUUGGAUGAGUUGUUACCUGCAAGGCAUGAUGACUAUCAUAUGCUGCUGAGAUUUUUAAAAGCAAGGAAAUUUGACAUUGAGAAAGCAAAGCAAAUGUGGAUGGACAUGCUUCAAUGGAGGAAAGAGUAUCAUACAGAUACAAUUAUUGAGGAUUUUGAGUACGAUGAGCUGGACACUGUUCUGCAAUAUUAUCCUCAUGGUUAUCAUGGUGUUGACAGAGAGGGGAGACCUGUAUAUAUUGAAAGGCUUGGAAAGGUUGACCCUAACAAGCUUAUGAAUGUAACAACUUUGGAGCGAUAUGUGCAAUACCAUGUGAAGGAAUUCGAGAGGAGUUUCUUGAUCAAAUUUCCAGCAUGCUCUCUUGCUGCCAAAAGGCACAUUAAUUCAAGCACAACAAUUCUGGAUGUUCAGGGUGUGGGUUUGAAGAAUUUCAGCAAAACUGCACGUGAAUUAAUUAUGCGACUGCAGAAAAUCGACAAUGAUAACUAUCCUGAGACUCUAUAUCAAAUGUUUAUUGUGAAUGCUGGCCCAGGAUUUCGGAUGUUAUGGGGCACAGUGAAAUCUUUCAUUGACCCAAAAACCACUUCCAAGAUACACGUACUUGGGAAUAAAUAUCAAAGUAAACUGCUUGAAAUAAUUGAUGCUAGUGAAUUGCCAGAAUUUCUUGGUGGCACUUGUACCUGUCCUGAAUAUGGAGGGUGCCUUAGAGGAGAAAAAGGGCCAUGGAAGGAUGCCAACAUACUGAAGAAAGUCCUUAAUGGUGAGGCCCAGUGUGCUCGGCAGAUUGUAACCGUUUCCAAUGGAGAGGAAACAAUUAUUUCUUAUGCCAAGUCCAAGUACCAAACAAUACGCGGGAGCGAUACAUCAACUGCGGAGUCUGGAUCUGAAGCGGAAGAUGUUACUUCCCCCAAAGCUCUUAGAAGUUACAUCUCUCAUCCUAAGUUGACCCCUGUUCGUGAAGAGGUCAAGAUGAUCAGGGCCACUAGCUUUUCUACCCGUAUGCCUGAAUACGACAUUCCUGUCGUUGACAAGGCUGUGGAUGCAACAUGGAAGAGAGAACUGCCUCGGAAGACGCCCUUCCCGUCGAAAGACUCUUCUUCAACAAGCACCACAAGGGCAUCCAACUGGUCUUUGGGUCAGAUUGUUCCAGCUCUGAUGGCUUUUGUGCUUGCUAUUUUAACGCUGUUUCGGUCAGUUAAAGAUCUUGCCACAAAGAGAUUGCAGGAUAAAAAAGAUUCAGAAGAACAGUGCUCUGCAUUAUAUCCAGACCCCGUUGCAAAAGGGGAGUUUCGCCCGCCUUCGCCAGGUCCUGGGUUUGCUGAAGCUGACUUGUUUGCUUUAGUGUUGCAAAGGCUGGCAGAGCUUGAAGAGAAGGUUCAGACGCUUCAAGAAAAACCUUCUGAAAUGCCUUGCGAGAAAGAAGAGUUGCUUAAUGCUGCUGUCCGCCGUGUGGAUGCACUGGAAGCCGAACUCAUUGUAACAAAGAAGGCUUUACAUGAGGCUCUUAUCAGGCAAGAGGAACUACUUGCUUACGUCGAUAGUAAGGCGAUUGCCAAGGCUCAGAAAAAGAAGAAGGCGAUGUUUUGCUACUAGGACGAGGAAGAACACCCCUGUUCGCUUUCUCCGUUCUGAGAUGCCCAAGAUGGCAUAAGAGAUGAUGUAAUCAGCCAACCUGUUAACUUUCCUGACAAGUGCGGAAUGGCAGAGACAUGAGUUGUAAAUCAACAGAACCUACUGACAUAAAUAAAUGUGUUUUUGCACCGAAUUCUGCUCUUCCUUCAUGUGAAUAAUUCUGGGGAGAAAGUUUAUGGUAUGCAAUUUCAGCACGAUCAGCUGAUGUUCUUUUGUUUC